AUGAUGGUAAAAUCAGACAUCCGGCUGAUGCAGAGGCAUGGAAGCAUGUGGAUAGAACUUUUCCUUCGUUUGCAUGGUAAAAUCAGACAUCCGGCUGAUGCAGAGGCAUGGAAGCAUGUGGAUAGAACUUUUCCUUCGUUUGCAAAUGAGUGCAGGAAUGUUAGACUAGGGUGGGAAUUUUUAUUUGGAUACCAGGGAAAGUUCAAGCAUUCUCUUCGGGAGUGGAGACAUGAGAUAAAGAAGAAAUGCUUUGCUUAUUUCACUCACAACUGGGAGAGGAUAUACAAGCGAGAUAAGAGGGUUGAGCCUGAGCACUUAGCUGCACUUAUAAUAUUGUGGGGCCAAGAGGAGCACCAGGAAAAAUGUAGGAGAAAUAAACUUAAUCGAUGGAAAAAAGAUUAUGAUCAUCAUACGGGGACUACUUCAUUUGCCCAGAUUGAGGAUCAAUUUUGUAGGACAACGAACGCUCCCUUUAUCCCACUACCAGAACUGCACAGGAGAACGAUGAUUCAAUUUAAGAAGGGGUACGAUGAGGAUGAGACUAAGAAACAAAAGCUAGAAUUGGCCAAGAAAAUGCAGGAAGCUCUGGAAAACACGUAUUCUGAGGUUGUUACACAGAGCCAAGAGCCCCUGACUAGAGAGCAGAAUUAUAAUGUGAGCCAUUUAGUUUGUAGUCUUCCCAAAAAGGGGAGGACCAGGUGGAUGGGAGUUGGAGCUCAGAGGGUGUCUACACAAUUCCAGCCUCCGCCGAUUUCCACACCCUCGACUAUGCCAUCGGGGCCCUCUUACAUGCCGCAGGAGGAUUGCACUCAGCAGGCGAUGCAGCUUGUUUCCUCUGUGAUGAGUAUGUUAGAUGGUCAGAUUCCCGAGGAGAUGUGGGAGGAUAUUCAAGAGGAGCUUAUGCGAGUGAUCCAGCCUACUGCUACUUUUGCGAUGGUUUCUAGGCAAAUAAUGAAAUCUUGUAGAAGGCGGGUUCCUACUCGGGUGCAAAGCCAGAUUAUGAACUUCUUGGCCACUCAAAAGGCAUUUACUGAGUGGAGAUGAUGCUAUUGGGAGCACGAGUCGUAGGGAUGGAGCCGCUAGUGGCAACAUGGACGAUGACA